CACAGCCAGUGCAACAACCAUAGCCGGUACAACAACAACAGCCGCUCUAACAACCACAGCAGCUGGAGCAACAACAGCCACUCCAACAACCACAGCCAGUGCAACAACCGAGGCCGCAGCAACAACCACAGCCGCAGCAACAAACACAGCCUCAGAAAUAACCAUGAUCGGUGCAACAACCACGGCCGGUGCAACGAACACAGCAACAACAACAGCCGGUGCAACAACCACAGCCGCAGGAACAACCAUGGCCGCUCCAACAACCACAGCCGCAGCAGCAACAACAGUCGGUGCAACAACAACAGCCACAGGAACAACAGGUGCAGCAACAACCACAGGCAGUGCAACAACCCUAGCUGGUGCAACAACAACAGCCGCUCUAACAACCACAGCAGCUGGAGCAACGACAGCUAGUGCACCAACAACAGCCGGUGCAACAACCAUAGCCGGUACAACAACAACAGCCGCUCUAAUAACCACAGCAGCUGGAGCAACGACAGCUGGUGCAACAACAACAGCCGCAACAACCAUAGCUGGUGCAACAACCACAGCCAGUGCAACAACCAAGGCUGCAGCAACAACCACAACCGCAGCAACAAACACAGCCACAGCAAUAACCACGAUCGAUGCAACAACCACAGCGGGUGCAAAAACCACAGCCGCAGAAACAACCACAGCCGCAGCAGCAACAACAGGUGCAGCAACAACAACAGCCGCAGGAACAACAGGUGCAGCAACAACCACAGCCAGUGCAACAACCCUAGCCGGUGCAACAAUGAUGGCCGCAGCAACAACCACAA